AUGACGCCCACUAUCGCAGCAAAAGAGGAUCAUGUGGAUGUUCUCAUUGUCGGUGCCGGGCCCGCGGGGCUGAUGCUGGCGAACUGGCUAAGUCGCUUUGACGUCAAAACUCGCAUCGUGGACAAGCGAGGCUCAAAGGUCUUCAAUGGUCAGGCAGAUGGUCUGCAAUGCCGCACUCUGGAGAUUUUCGACUCGUUUGAUUUUGCUCAUCGCCCUUGGCGUGAAGCGAAUCACAUGCUCGAGAUUUGCCUGUGGAAUCCCGACGAAAACGGCCAACUCUCCCGUUACGAUCGUAUUCCAGACACCAUUCCUGGAAUUAGUCGUUUCCAACAGGUCGUGCUCCACCAGGGCCGCAUCGAGCGCUUCUUCCUUGAUUCAAUCAAGGAGCAUAGUGACAUCGCCGUGGAACGCGGUGUGUUGCCGACCACUUUUGAUUUCGAUGAGGCCAAAGCAGGCGAUUUCGAAGAUUACCCUAUCAGCGUGACGCUUCGAACCCUGUCUGGUGAGGAAUCCACACCUCAACAGCGGCAGCAGCAUCAGAAGUCUGCCGAUGGUCAGCAGACGGCUAUCGAGGAUGGCUUGUUCCGAAGCAACUUGGUCGCCGAUGACACCGAGGACCUUAUUAAAUCGAUAGAGGCCAAGUCCAGCCUGAAUGCGAACCAAGAAGAGCACAUCAAGGCCAAAUUUAUGGUGGGCUGUGACGGAGCUCACUCCUGGGUGCGUCAGCAAUGCGGUUUCCGCUUGGAAGGUGACUCGACCGACUACAUCUGGGGAGUGCUCGACAUUGUCCCUAUCACUGAUUUUCCCGACAUCCGCCACCGAUGCGCCAUUCACUCGGCAAACGCAGGUAGCGUGAUGGUCAUUCCGCGUGAGAACAAAUUGGUCCGACUCUACAUCCAGCUCCAGGCGACGGAAUAUCAGAAGAAGGGCGCCAAAGCAGACCGAUCCUGGAUCACUCCUGAGAUCAUCCUACAGUCUGCCCAACGCAUUCUGCACCCCUAUAAGCUCGAUUACGCGCAUUGCGACUGGUGGACUGCCUACCAGAUUGGCCAGCGUGUGGGCAACCAAUUUUCGCUGCGUGAUCGUGUCUUCUUGGCCGGCGAUGCUGUCCAUACGCACUCUCCUAAGGCUGGUCAGGGUAUGAACGUUAGCAUGCAAGAUACUUAUAACUUGGGAUGGAAGAUCGCGCAUGUGGUCAAGGGCCUUGGCGACCCGUCCAUUCUCUCAACCUACGAGUCUGAGAGAAGGGGCAUUGCUCAGCAGUUGAUCGCUUUCGAUCAUCGCUUCUCGCGACUUUUCUCCGGGCGCCCGACUAAGGACGUCAUGGACGAAGAGGGUGUGAACGUGGAAGAAUUCAAAAAGGCAUUCGAAAAAGGAAACGAGUUUGCCAGUGGUGUCGCUGUCAACUAUGACGCCAGUGUCCUUGUCGCAAAGGAGGAGGACGCCGCAGCUGAAAGCAACGACAACGACAUUUUGGGCACCCAAGAGCGUCGGGCAAUUAGCAAGCCCCAGCUGGCCACCAAUAUCAAUAUCGGCAAGCGCAUGCCUAGCUUCAAAGUGGUGAAUCACGCCGAUGCCCGACCGUGGCACCUCCAAGAAUUGCUGAGGAGCAACGGUCGCUGGCGAGUGAUCGUUUUCCCUGGACGACUUGGCGACACUCAGAACAUGCAACGCUACGAAAGUCUGGGUAAGUCGCUGGGAGCUCCGGACUCGUUCCUCCGUCGCUUCACACCACCUGGAAAGCCGAUCGAUAGCGUGAUCGAGGUUUUGACUGUUCACUCGGGACCACGAACGGGCAUCGAGCUUUUGGAUCUUCCAGAGCCGUUCCACCCUCAUCACGGCGACAUGGGAUGGGACUAUUGGAAGGUCUACAGCGAUGAGGAGUCUUACCACGAGGGCCAUGGACAGGCUUAUGCCAAUUACGGAAUUGAUCCGAGCCGCGGUGCCAGCGUGAUUAUCCGUCCUGACCAGUAUGUCAGUUGGAUCGGAGAGGUGGAUGACUAUGUGCAGAUGGUCCGCUUCUUUGCUGGUUUCAUGAAAGAGAAAGAGGAUGGCAAGCCAAAGAUUCAGAAGUCGGUGCUAUAG